CCAGACCAGACUUGAUGAAAAGCUUCACACUUUCCAACAAGAACAGCCAUGGUGAUCUACACAGUAACGGCGCACACUGGGCAGAGGCUUUUGGCGGGCACCAGUAGCUGUAUCUACAUCCAACUGCAUGGUACUGAGGCCAAGAGUGAUGAACACUAUCUAAAACAGGGGUAUCAGGGGUUUUGGCAAGGAUCGGAGCAAGCAUUUGAUAUACACUGUAAAGAGUCCCUGGGAGAGCUCAUAUCUGUCAACCUCUACUCCAAGCCGUUUAUGGGUCUUCUUUACGACCAGUGGUUCUGCGAUAAGAUCUUGGUCAACACGCCCGAAGGUGACAAGAUUUUGUUUCCAUGCUACAGCUGGCUUGAGUGUCACGAGAGGCUCGCUUUAAGACCUGCUAAAGCUUCACUUGUGUUCCAGGAAAUCAACCCAAUAGCCCAUAAACAAAGGAUAAGGCAGCGAGAAGAGCAACAGAAGUUAUUUAGGUGGCGCGUGUAUGCUGAGGGCACACCCCAAGUUAUCGAUUAUGACACUGCUCUCACUCUGCCAGCUGAAGUCCGAUUCUCUUUUACAAAGGAAACAGAGUUUUACUCCAGUGCUGGAGCGCAGUUAGCUGUUCUGAAACUAACUGGAUUAGCUGACUGCAGAAGAUCGUGGGAAAGCAUCAGCCAACUGGAAGUAAUCUUUUGUGAAAACAGAAACAAAACCUUUGAAUACAUUCGGGAGCACUGGGAUGAGGACGAGUUCUUUGGCUACCAGUUUCUGAAUGGCCUCAACCCCAUGAUGAUCCAGCGCUGCUCAAAGCUGCCCGGGAAUUUCCCCGUCACAGACGACAUGGUCAAAGGCUCCCUAAGAGGGAGCAGCUUGAAGCAGGAGAUGAAGAAAGGGAACAUUUUCCUGUCUGACUACAAGAUGUUGGAUGAGUUGGUGGGAAACGUAGUCAAUGGCAGGCAGCAGUAUCUCACGGCUCCCCUCGUCCUGCUGUACUGCGACCCUUAUGGCAUGAUGCUGCCCAUCGCCAUACAGUUAAGGCAAAAGCCCGGCCAAGAGAAUCCCAUCUUCCUCCCAGCGGAUUCAAAGGAUGACUGGAAGCUGGCCAAGAUCUUCGUCCGAAAUGCAGAGUUUGCUGUUCACGAGGUUGACUUUCACCUGCUGAGAACUCACCUGCUGGCAGAGGUGUUCACCGUGGCAACAUUGCGCAAUCUUCCCUCUCCACACCCUCUCUACAAGCUUCUCUUUCCUCAUAUCCGAUACACACUCCAGAUCAACAUCAUGGCCCGGAAUCAGCUGAUAUCCAAGGAUGGGGCUAUUUCCACGUAUGCAGGAGUAGGUGGAGAGUCAUUGGCAAAGUUGCUGAAGCGUGCUACUGCCUCCCUGACCUACAGCGCCCUCUGUCUUCCUGAUAACAUCUCUGAGAGAGGCCUGGAGAAUGUACCCUACUUCUACUACAGAGAUGAUGGGAUGAAACUGUGGAACAUCAUCAACAAGUUUGUUGGGGCUUUCUUGUCAUACUACUAUCAAUGUGAUGCAGACGUGCAGAAGGACACAGAGCUGCAGGAUUGGAUCAGUGAGAUAUUCACCAAUGGCUUCCUGGGAAGAGAUGGCUCAGGAAUACCAUCAUCUUUUCAGACUGUGAACAAGCUUGUCAAGUUUGUCACCAUGGUGAUCUUCACUGUAUCAGCUCAACAUGCUGCUUUAAACAAUGGACAGUUUGACUUUGGCAGCUGGAUGCCUAACUACCCCACUGCCCUCAGAAAGCCCCCUCCCAAGGUGAAAGGCCAGACCACUGAGGAAAUUAUCCUAGAGACCCUACCUGAUGUGAGCACGACAGUGAAUGGGAUGGCUAUCCUGAAACUGUUGAGCAAGGAUUGUGCAGACCGCUACCCUCUGGGACAAUGCCCAGAAAAUCUACAUGAUGAAGAUGUCCCCUGCAAGCUCCUAGAAGAUUUUCAAAAGGAUCUGGGGGAGUUGUCAGAUCUCAUAGAGGAGCGGAACAAGAAAUUGGAGCUUCCCUACACCUAUCUGAGCCCCAAAAAUGUGGACAACAGUGUAGCCAUUUGAAAGGAUACAAUAGUCCUUCUUAAUAUGUUUGUCUUUCUAAUAAUAGCUUUGUCAUUAAAAAUAAUGGCCAAAGCAAAAUUAACUCAGAUCAAGAUCACUGAUAUUGCCUUUCAGGGAAAAUAAGAUAGAUAAUGUGAAAGGCACUGCUUAAUAUGUGUGAUGCAUUUAAAAAAAAAAAAAAAAAAAAAAAAAAAACUUUUGAGUUCUGAGAUAUAAGUUCUUAUGACUGUAGUGCCACCUAGUGACAUAAAUCAGUACAAUCCUGCAAUAUUAAACAUUGCAUACAAAUGUACAUUUCUUUUUUAAAAUCAAACUGUCACAUAUUAUACACUUGUGUGAUAAAACUAAAACAGUCCCAUCUUUGUUGAUUGUGCCUUUGUGUUACAGUGCAAAAUACAGUAUGGUGCAAUUA